AUAACCUCCAAAUGUGACGUUAUGACCACUUCGUCGCACUUACAUUGCUGAAUCGUCUUUUGGUCUUUAAGUCAACCAAUUCUAAACAGCGAGGUUACAGUUCGUUGAGGAUGGCGAAGGCGCUUCGUGGCAGAUUGCCAAAUGAGCCUUUCUUUGUGAAUCUACUCAAGAUCGCUAACGAGAUCAAGCAUGUGAUCAUCCAUGAUCCUCAGAAUAGAAUCGAUGCAAAUUACGGCCAGCUGCUUACCGACGUGCUUCGAAUGCAACUUUUGUUAAAACAAUCACUCCCAGAGUCCAUGUUUGACGAUGCGCUUAACCUUCUUCAGGUGUCAAACCCAUACAUUUUGAUCUUGUCCGGCAAGUAUGAGUUCAUUAUAGCAGCUUUGUCCAUUAUGUCAAUUGGUGGAGCAUUCGCGCCAUUAGCAACUACGCUCCUGCCAGAGGAAGCGUUCUAUAUGCUGCAGACGUCUCGGGCUAUCUGCAUCUUGGCAGAUCAGCAACACCUCCAACUCGCUGAAGAGUGUCAAGGGUAUGCCGCCUCUCAAGGCAUAAGCAUCCCCGUUCUACCCAUCAACAUCAGCAACCCUCCCUCAGAGGAUCUUUCCAAUUCAGAUCCUUGUUUUGAGAUUGACCGGAAGUUGACGGUCGAGCCGCAUCGUCCUGCCUUGAUACUAUUUACGUCGGGCACGAGUGGACCACCUAAAGGGGUGGUGCACACACGACGUCUGUUUUAUGACAUCCACACCUCAAGUAGUCCUAGCGAAGUCUUCCUGAGCCACGACGCUAUCCACUGGGGCAGUAGUUUGGUGACGUUUGUCGGCAGCGUCCUGGGAGGAGCACGAACUGAGAUUAUACCUCAAAAUGCUGAGGCUAUUUGGGAACGACUUAGGGAAGGAGGGGCAACAACUUUGGGCUGUGCCCCGCGUAUUUGGACUCAGAUGAUGAGACAUUUUGAAGACCACCUAAGCCCCCUUCCACCGGAAAAGCGCAACCCAUAUGUUCGUGGCGCUCAGUCUCUCCGCCACGCUCUUACUCGGGGUUCGAUGCCCGAACCGUCUGUACUGCAAUUCUGGCGAGAUCUUGGCAAGCGCCUGCAUGUCUGUUACGGGAUAACAGAACUAGGCGCAACGGUAAUGAAAACCACUAAUGACACGGAUGUAAACCUUGAGCGCUGUAUAGGAAGGCCAAUGCCUGGCAUUACCGUGAAACUCUCGAGCGGGAGCCAUGGGGAGAUGCUAAUUAAAAAGUCCGUCGUGUUCUCUCAUUAUCUGAAUGACCACGGGGAAACGGCUGCUUCAUUCGACAGUGAUGGAUUUUAUAAAACUGGAGAUCUCGCCCGUCGUGUGGGCAGUGACUAUAUUAUAGAAGGACGAGCCUCUACCGAUUUCAUCCGCUGUCAAGGCUUAAGGGUGCCGAUACUUGAGGUAGAGAUGCGUUUGCUGCAGCUCCCGUUCAUCUCCGAAGGCUGCAUUCUUCAGGCCUCCGACGCUCGCAAUGGUCAAAUAGUCGCAGCUCUUGUUCGCCUCCGAACCCCAGAAAAGACAUAUUUGGGGGAUAGUGGCAAAGUACAAAGAUUAGAAGAGCCCUAUCUGGAGGUUCUCAGGAACUCUCUAGGAGGCGCACUACCAACCUUCAUGCUCCCAACUGCGUUGAGGAUUCUGCAAGACGAAGAGGAGAUUCCUAGAACACCAUCUCUAAAGGUUAUUAGGGGCAAGGCUGCUGAGCAAUACUUCCCACGCUCGAAAAGUUGCGAAUUGCCCACUAAUGUCGAGGUAUUAGACCUCAGGAGCAAUCUGGAUAGCCGGGCACGAAUGGUAUGGGAUUGGGGUGGGUUACUUUAG